GAUUACGGUGUGGAGUUUAAAUAAUGCGUUUAGUAUUAAUAAGCCUGCUGAUUGCUCCGCUGCUGGGCAUCAAAAUCGGCAUCUCUCAAAGCAGCAAUGAUGCCAAUACAACAACAACAUCAACGACAACGACAACUGAAACGCCAGCAAGUACAACUCAGGCUGUGGACAUAAGCGGCAGCGGCUUGGGCAGCUCAGAGACUGUUAGCGCUACUACGCAAGCGCCCACUUUUCCACCACGCAAAACAGCCAAGCCCAGCAGCACACCAACGCCUACACUAAGCUCAACUGCUGCAACUCCAACUGAAGCUACAGCUCCGCCUGCUUAUGAGCCAGCGCUUUAUUACUGCGCCUGCGAUUGGCAGCUAGACGUCUGCGACAUCAACUGCUGUUGUGAUCGCGACUGCAACAAGCAGAGCCUUCAAGCUUUUAGUUGCUGGCAAACUCCCGAGCCGCAAUCUCGCUUGGAGGACUUUCAGUAUACACAUGGACUGCCUGCUUGUCACCUCAACGAUGGCUGGCUCUGUGUCUUUCGCAGCAAUACGAAGCCAGCGCGACUGCAGCCCGUAAACAGCAACUUUGAUGCUGCAGCUUUUAACAAAUGGCCGCUGGAGAGCUUUGUAGCAGAUGCGCCUGCUGCUCAAGGCAUGCACUACAGCUUUGGACAGCCGCUGCAGCUUUGGCAGCCGGACCAACAGCAAUUGCUGCACUUGCAGCUGCCCAGCGCCUUUGAAAGCGCACACUGUCAACUGCAACAAGCUGUGCGGCAUUUGCAGCCCAUGCAAAGCAGCUGCCUGCUGCAGAAUGUGGCAGCAGCGCAGACGCAGCUUUGGACAUUGCUCAAUUUGACAAGCAGCCAUCAGCUUCUGCCCAAGCCGCGUGAUCUAGCCGAGCAGCAGCCAGAUGGCAUUAAUAUACAAGUCUGUCAGCAGCUAGCGACGCAAUUAAUUUGCAAUGAAACGCAGCUGGAACUGGAGCUAGUGCAGCGCAUUGAGCUGCAGCUGCUGCAUAACUAUACGCAUAUACUGGAAGCCAAGCUCAUCCUAAGCGAAGCUACGCAGACGCCGCAUUGGCUGCACUAUGAGCUAAUCUAUAAGCCAGAUUCAAUGCUAGAGCCCAAGCCCAGUUCGGGUGCCUUGGGCUAUCAGCCUGGUGCGCCUUUGUUGAUGUCGAAACUGCUGCCGCAAAACGAAAGCGCGCCACAGCGUUUGGACUACUUUGAAGCGCAGUCAAGCUCCCAACAUUGGCUUACAUUCUGCUCACGUUCGACGCCUGUUGGAUUUGGCAUUGAUCUAAUGCAGCGCUGUCGACUGCAGCAGGCGCUGCCCAAUCUGCAAUCAGCGCUGAACCAUAGUCAAUACUGCGAGCAGCUGCAGUCGAAUAUAUGGCGUCAACUAUUGCCAAACAACUGCACGCAGUUGAAGCAGCUGGAGCAAGUCUUUGUCUCACAGCUGGGCAGACCAGCGCCCACACAAUGGCUGCCACUGCAGUUGCCAGCUUCCAAUCCAGGCAUAGAAGCUGUCUAUGAUGAGGCACAUCAGUCGCUCAUUUGCCGCAAUAUGCUGCUAAGCGUUAGCUAUGAGUUUCAUAUAGCGGAGCUGACUUUGCUGCAGGGCCAUGUGCCACAUCAGCCAGUGGUGCAACAUGCCAGAUUACUGCUGGGUCAACGGCACGAUCUGGAGUUCGACAAUAACGAGCAGCGUGUGGAGCUGCCCUUGACAGUCUCUGUUAUGUUCUACAAGCCACAGCCACGAAUUCGAAACUCGGCUGCGCUCCAAGCUGUCAACUAUGCAAUGCUUAUGCUUACUCUCUUGUCUUCUCUUGCAGCUGCUCCCCUACACUUCUCUAAUAACAACAUAAUCGCAGUUAAGCAUAAAUAAAUAAGUA